UGGUCCGGCUUUUAAGUUGAAAUCCCUGAGCGGAAAUGACGCAGUAAUCUCUAAUCCCGAUCCGGGGUGCUUCCUGUCAGUAAAUCACCCUAAAAGAACCGAACGGAACCGAACUCCAUCCUGACUGUGAACCAUGGGACCGUCAGGUGAGGUGUUGUUUGGCACUCUGGUACCGGUCUGUCCUGAGAACCGGCUGCAUUGGGACCUGACCCCAGAGCGGAUCCAGCAGCUGUCAGACGAGCUCAUCAGCAGCACCAAGAAGGUGUAUGACCAUGUGGGAGCUUUGGACCUGGAUGGGGUCAGCUUUGAGAAUACGCUGAAAGCGCUCGCUGACGUGGAGGUGGAGUACACUGGUAAGUGUUGGUUCUGUUCAGUGAGCCAUGGCAUCAGAGGGCCUGCCUGACUCAGCAGAGGGUCCGGACCAACUUCAGUCUGUAGUCAAACGUUCAUAAAGCUGCUUACGCAGAAAAUGGCAGCAGGUUCAAGCUCAAAUUGUGGCGAUGGCAGGCAGCCACGGGUUUUCCGGCAACAAGAUUUCCAGUGCCAGCCACCACAGGUGUACACUGCACAAAAAUAUAAACGCAACACUUUAGUCCUCUUUUCUACGUUCUUGCUGUGUUUGUCUUCAAAUGGGUGGCCAAGCAAAGAGUGGCGGCCGCCAGGCUUAUAAAGCGCUGGGGAAACCCUGCAGGUGUAUCACUGUAGUAGCAUGUUAUUCAGUACUACAGGUUUAUCACUGUAGUAGCAUGUUAUUCAGUACUACAGG